UUCACCAUCUCACCUAGUCCCAGACGCUAAUGGGAACUGAAAGAAUAUAUUGAAAAGAGGAUAAUUGUGUGGAUCAGGAAAAAGGAACGAAUGGUGUUUGUAAGAGAGGAGAGCCAUACAAUCUGUAUUUUUGGUAGCACCUUGGAUGUCUAAUAUGGCAGUAAGGGAGUCAGGGUGUGAAAAAAAUUUUGAACAGCUUGUAAAGCUGCUUAGGAAAUAGAUUUUUUUUAUUACUGUGAUUUGACUUUAAUGUUUGAGCUAUAUUCUGUUACGUCGUUAAAUCAAAAUGGUUUUUAUUUUUUAAACUAGUAAAACAAAAAAAAAAGGAGAAUAUUGAUUAUGAUGGCCAAUGUCCUAGAAUAACAGAAGAAUGGUGGCUUUAUUUUAACUUUUUUAACCCCAUGAAGUUCUUUACUGUUAGGCAUAGCAGGUGAGCAGAUGGCUCCAGUCUUUCAAAUGUUUGCUUCUCUUUAAAAAGGGACCUCACCUAAGGUAUAAGAUAACUCUGGAAGAAUAUGAUAAAUUUCAGAGCAUUGAAUUUAACCAAAGUCUGUUAUGCAAUCACAAAUGAAGCAAAACAAUUCCAGGAAAGCCAGAGAUGAAGCAAUACUUAAUUUCAAAAUGUAGCAUUACCAACUGUGUAAUGCAACAUGCCUACAAAGAAGUCUGUUUAAGGUCUGGUAUGUACAGACUUUGAACCUACAGCAAUUUCUUCUCAUAAAAGUGACGCAAUAUGUUAAAGGGACAGCAUGACAAGACAGCAAUGCAAUGCAAGCUCAAACACUUUAAUGAGUUUGAGGGCCUCUUCAGAUGUCAGGAUUGGGUCAGGUAAGUGUAACAUAUAGAAUUACACUAAAAUAGGCAGGAAGUGUUUUGUCACGUGAUCUGUCAGGGUAUAUAAGCAUGCCUGCGCAGACGUCAACAUUCACACUCAGGACCUUGCCUUGAGCAGCAAACCAAACUCACUACCCCUGACACCAUGAGCUACUACGGCAGCUACUACGGAGGCCUGGGCUAUGGCUACGGAGGCUUCGGUGGCCUGGGCUAUGGCUAUGGAUGUGGAUGUGGCAGCUUCCGCAGACUGGGUUCUGGCUGUGGCUAUGGAGGCUACAGAUAUGGCUCUGGCUUUGGAGGCUACGGAUGUGACUCUGGCUUCGCAGGCUAUGGAUAUGGUUCUGGCUUUGGAGGCUACGGAUAUGGCUGCUACCGCCCAUCAUACUAUGGAGGAUAUGGAUUCUCUGGAUUCUAUUAAACUACUGCCCCAGCAACACAAUAUCUGAAAUUAUAAGAGAACUUUCCCAAAGCUGACUUCAAUCAUUGGACAACCAAGAUCACGCUGGAGCUAUUUGCACAAAAGAAUUUAACAUCUCAGAAUUUCAGGCAA